AUGGGGAUGUUUCUGAUACGCAAAAGGCAAUUUGCUCAUCCGUUGGCUGUUGGAACUGACUGGAUGACUGCUGAUUGUUGUCUGCAAGCAUUUUUAGAACCAGUAAAACUGCCUCUGAAAAAGCGAGGAUCGAAGAAACAAGAUGUUAGGGUUACCGAGGACUCUCCACUUCAAUGCCAGGCCAAAAUAGAGCUGUAUGUGCAGGGACUUUGGAAACAUGGGUAUGCUAUACCAUGGACCAAAGUCGGCAAGAAGAAGGUGGUACAAUUUCUUAAGCCUAUUAGCCAUGCACUUGCACGUAUUCUUUAUGAUAUGCGAUUUUAUGAGAGUUUGGAGCUUCAGGAGGUCAAGAAAAUGGCGACUCAGAAGCCGAACUUUGAGGCAUGGACAAUUUGCAGGCAUGGAGAUGUUCCGCAACAAGCUGAUGGUGCUUCAUGCGGAAUUUUUGCAAUCAAAUUCAUUGAGUAUGCCAGUGCCGGGUUUCCAUGUCAUACAAUUGACCCUUCGAAGGUUGCCUAUUACCGAUUGAAACUCGCAAUAGAGGCUUUGAGGGAGGAGGCUUAUCUCUGA